AUGUCGCUACACUUCACUACCAUUCAUUUGAUUCACUACCAUUUUGCCUUUUCUGUGUUCGUUGCUUGGACCAAGUCACAUGUGAGUUAUGGCCGGCUGUAUCCAUCAGAGACGCCGUUCCUGCUUGUGGACAAGGUGGACAACUUGGCCAAGGAACCCUGGAAGGAGCUCACCCGGCGUGUCGUUGAGGAGACGGAGCAAGGCACAAGGGUAGAGCUUCUAGUGAACCACGCCUUCAAUCACGCGAAAGACGGGGCAGUGUAUCUCGCGCGAAAAGCCAAGGGGAUAGGCCACCAAUUGAGCUGGGUCGGUCAAUCAGCAAUUUCAGAUUACCUCGUGUCAGUCAACGCGCCUCUUCUCCAGAUGAUCCACCAGUACGAAACCGGUUCAACACUCAUCACCUCCGAGAACCUCAACCAGGUCUGCGGAGACAUUUGGCAAGCGGAAUGGUGCACAAUGCGUCCACGCAUGGCUUUGCUCGGGAUCGAGCGGGCACCGAUGAACAUUGGUGGUGGAAUCUGGCUUCUGCUUGCGUGCUCCCAUUGGAGCACACGGCAUUCGGCGGUGGAUUACAAUACGGACUGGGAGGGUACACCAUGGUCGGACCUCAAUCUGAUCUUCCGUUCGGCGGAGGACUCGGUCCCGGUAGUACUGGCCAUCCCAGCAGAUCUGGAUCUGGUGACGAGAGGGGAGACGAUCUACUUGCUGACUGGAGAAGCGUGGGAGAGGCUGACGAGGUCGGAUGUCAUGCAAUGGGCGCAAUUGCCGCCUGGUGUGGAUCGCAACGAUCCGUUCACGUGGGACACGGGCUCGCAACAGCCAUCGGAGAUGCACGAAGCCCCGCAGACUACAGACGAUACUCGUUUUGUACUGAUUGUGGAGGAGCCAGAAGACACGGACGUCACGGGGACGACAACAGCGGAGACCAGCGAGCAAGAGAACAUGGACAGAGUGCAGUUGAACACACCACACGAGAAUCAGUUCACAGUGUACCUGCCGCCAGGUCUGUGCCCGGUUCCGGGGGUGACCCUGACGCCGGAGCUCAGGGCAGCGACCACAGACCCCCUGCUUGCCGUUGCAGCGCAAGUUUGGGAGGAAUUGGGUCUGGAAGUAUUGGACGGAAAGAAUUCCCGGAACACGCCAAGCAGGUCACCACGGACUUUUUGA